CAUCCAUGACUCCAUGUCAUGUCAUUUGUACCAGAAAAAGGCAAAAGUUACCCGAUGGCGAUGAGUCACGACUCACGAGUGUACUGUAUCGUAGGGAUUUAUUAGGUAGUAGGUAAACCAAUCUCAACCAAACAACCAAACAAUACCAAACUCUUUUCCUAUUCUGGGAUAAUCCUAUUCCUUAUCUUUUUGCCACCCACAAGCUUUUACCUUUACCGGUCCUCCUUCUUCCUCUGUGCCAAAGAAUUUGAGGUGAGGAAAUGGAUGAUGAUUCCUUUAUAAUCAAUGAUAGUUUGAGGGCUAAUUGGACUCCAUCCCAAGACCAAUAUUUUAUUGACCAAAUGCUAGACCAAGUACGCAGAGGGAAUAAAACUGGACAUGUAUUUAGCAAACAAGCAUGGGCUGAGAUGAUUUCACAGUUUAAUACAAAGUUUGGAUUUAAGUAUGAUACAGAUGUUCUGAAAAACAGAUACAAACGAUUUAGGAAGCAAUACAAUGAGAUAAAGAUGCUUGUUGAUCAAAGUGGGUUCAAGUGGGAUGAAACACUGCAUAUGGUAAUAGCUGAUGAUAAUGUAUGGGCUGAGUUCAUCAAGGCCCACCCGGAUAUGGUAACAUACAAAACUAGAGUUCUGCCACACUAUAAUGAGUUGUGCAUAAUAUGUGGGCAUGCAGUUGCUGAUGGAAGAUACAGUCUUUCAUGUUUUGACGUAGACUUUGAAAAAAACGAUGAAGCAAAACCAACAGAUGUUAAAACUCCUAAAACUCCCAAAACCUCCUCUAGUGAUGAUCAUUCAAAAAUCGACUGGUCACAGACCAUGGACCAAUUUUUUGUAGAACUAAUGUUGGACCAGGUGCAUAAAGGGAACAAAAUUGGCCGUAUGUUUAAGAAGAAAGCGUGGGCACACAUGAUUAUUUCAUUUAAUACUAAAUUUGGCUUCCAGUAUGGUAAGGUGGUCUUGAAAAAUCGUUAUAAUAUCUUGAGGAGGCAUUACAGUAGCAUAAAGAUGCUACUUACUCAAAAGGGAUUCAGUUGGGAUGAAACACAACAAAAAGUGGUAGGUGAUGAUCGGGUCUGGAACAAGUAUCUCAAGGCACAUCACAACUUUCGGAUGUUCAGAAAUAAAGUAAUGCCAUACUAUUCUGAGAUGUCCAUUAUAUGUGGUAAUGAAGCUACGACUACGAAAAACAAUACACCAUCUUGCAAGUCACAUCUUGUGGAGGAAGCCCCAGGGAAGAAGAAUAUCAACGGAAAAGCUGUGCUUAUUGAUAACAAAGAUGUCACAGACAAUGCUCAUAAAGAGGCAUUGCAUUCAAGUGGUGAUAAGAAGCACCAUCCAUCCAGAAAAGACGAGGAAGCAUUAGAAGCAGGCGUUAAUAAGAAGCAUCAUCAUUCAAUUAGAAAAGUUGAGGAAGCAUUAGAUUCUGGUGUUGGUAAGAAGAAGCAUCAUUCAUCCAGAAAAAACGAAGCAGCAUUACAUUCAGGAGGUGAUAGGAAUGUUAGUGAACAACAGAAGAGGCUUCAGCCUGACAUGCCUCAAACUUUUCCACUGUCUAAAAAGGCAAGAAGAAUUCAAGAUGGUAUGGCUGAUGUUCUAAGGGAAAUGGCAGUUGCAGUUACGUCAUUAACAAAGAAACAAAAGCAAGAGAACUCUAUAUCGACAGAGGACGUGAUUGAUGUUCUCCAGGCUAUACCAGACAUGGAUGAUGAUCUGUUACUGGAUGCCUGUGACUUCUUGGAGGAUGAGAAAAGAGCCAGGAUGUUUUUAGCAUUGGAUGCCCCUCUGCGAAAGAAGUGGUUAAUGAGGAAGCUCCGUCCUUAGUGGCCGAUUUUUUCUUUGAUUCUUUCCCCCUUCCCCAUGUAGGGGUGGAAAGUAUGUAUUACAAACUCAUGGUCAGAUUUUCUGGGUCAUGCUAAUUUUGGGCACCAAGCAUCCCCAAUCUCUCUUUUCUGGCACAGAGACAGAGGUACAGAUUUUCGCAUGAGUAUGCGCACACAAAGGCUUUUUGGAGUCUUGGUGCAAAGCACAAGCGAUUUAGACUGAAGCAAAUGACAUUUUUUUUUUCCUUUUCUUUUUGUAACAUUUAAUGUAGUAAAUUUGAUAGCAAUUAUUAAUAGAUAAUAUUAAUGGAUAAUAUGACAA